AUGAGUGCUUCACUAAGCUCUGCGAACCCGGCUGUAGCCGGCGGUGUUGGGUUCUCGCGCAGUCAGGUGCUGCCGGGGACAGGCGCAGUUAUUUGUAACUGCGGGAUUGGGCUGGGAGUGCGGGGCCGAGGAGCAGUAGUAUACUCCUCCAGGCUCUCCCCCGCCCGAGACCCCCGGUCACCCCAGUUGACAGCUGCCCGGAGGGACCCGCCCCGCGGCGGGGGGCUGCUCCCCAUCUCGGUCGCUGCUGCCAAGGAGACGGUUGCUAUUGGCAGAACAGACAUUGAGGAGUUAGACCUCUGUGCUACAUCUCGGGAAAGGCGAUUUCGUUUGUUUGCUUCUCUAGAAUGUGAAGGGCAGUUAUUCAUGACUCCAUAUGAUUUUAUUUUGGCUGUUACAACAGAUGAGCCCAAACUUGCUAAAACGUGGAAAUCACUUUCCAAACAGGAAUUAAAUCAAAUGCUCUCAGAAACACCACCAGUUUGGAAAGGAUCAUCAAAGCUAUUUCGAAAUCUUAAGGAAAGAGGUGCAAUUUCAUACACAGAAUAUCUUUUUCUCUUAUGUAUUUUAACAAAGCCACAUGCAGGUUUUAGAAUAGCUUUUAACAUGUUUGACACUGAUGGCAAUGAGAUGGUGGAUAAAAAGGAGUUUUUGGUGCUUCAAGAGAUAUUCAGGAAAAAAAAUGAAAAGAGAGAAACUAAAGGAGAUGAAGAAAAGCAUGCAAUGCUGCGUCUUCAACUUUAUGGAUACCAUUCACCUACUAAUAGUGUACUAAAAACAGAUGCUGAAGAACUUGUCUCCAGAAGCUAUUGGGAUACACUGAGACGUAAUACAAGCCAAGCACUCUUUUCAGACCUCGCAGAGCGUGCUGAUGACAUUACAAGUUUCGUAACAGAUACUACACUCCUUGUACAUUUUUUUGGAAAAAAGGGAAAAGCUGAGCUCAACUUUGAAGAUUUUUAUAGAUUCAUGGAUAACCUCCAAACAGAAGUUCUAGAAAUAGAAUUCCUUUCCUACUCUAAUGGGAUGAAUACUAUCAGUGAAGAAGAUUUCGCUCAUAUUCUUCUACGAUAUACAAAUGUAGAAAAUACAUCAGUAUUUUUGGAAAAUGUGCGUUACAGUAUAUCCGAAGAAAAGGGUAUCACAUUUGAUGAAUUCAGGUCAUUUUUCCAGUUUUUAAACAACCUAGAAGACUUUGCAAUAGCCCUGAAUAUGUAUAACUUUGCAAGUCGUUCUAUAGGGCAAGAUGAAUUUAAGCGUGCCGUCUACGUAGCUACUGGCCUCAAACUUUCGCCACAUUUAGUGAACACAGUCUUCAAGAUUUUUGACGUUGACAAAGAUGAUCAAUUAAGUUAUAAAGAAUUUAUUGGAAUUAUGAAAGACAGACUCCAUAGAGGAUUCCGGGGUUAUAAAACAGUUCAGAAGUAUCCCACUUUCAAAUCCUGUCUGAAGAAGGAACUUCAUAGCAGAUAAGUACUUGUAAAGCAAAAUUUAAAGGAUUAUUAUCUACAUGACAAAUGCAAGAAGUAAAAAUUUCAGAGAACAGAAGCAGGUCUGAGAUCAGAACUUGUAGAAAUGAAGGAAAAGGUGAAAAGGCUAAUUAUAUUAUAUUUUUUUUCUUGAACUGAGUUUUUGAGUGUAAGACACAUAAAAUGUAUCUUUGUACUAACUACAAAUAUGUGUUACCACGUUGAACUUUUGUCUUGAUUUACUGAGCUCUGCACUUUUUCAUUCCUUUCAGAAGUAUAUAGAUACUUCCAAUGACUAUAUAAGAAUGUAUUUUAAAUAUUUUUAAAGUUUCAUUAGAAAUUUGCCUAGUUUCAAAAUAAUAUAUGGUUCCUAGAAUCUAAAUGACUUAAAAGUGAACGACUUAUUUUCUUUGGUUUUAGACUGUGAACUUACUUUAAAAAUAUUCCUUAAGAUUUAUCUUAGGGCCCUAGAAUUGUUGAUAAAUCCAUAUUAUUUAUCUGAUUUUUAAUUAUAUUGAAAUUGUUAUGAAAAACAAAUAGAAAUUAAGCUACUAUACAAUAUGAUGGUUUACAUUGUACUUUUAACUUUUAAAAGUACUUAACAUGCAUUGUUUGAAUCAUAUAAAGUUUUUUUUAAGUUUUUGUUCACUUGCCAAAGUCAACAGAAUGUCUAAUGUCUGGUAUUAUUUUAUGUAUAUGGUAAAGAAAUUUAAAAUGUAGAUUAUUUUUUCCUCAAAAAAUCACACAUUGAUGGUAGAAUAGUGGUAGUUGUUGUAGCAAUAGUCAUUGUCAUUGCCAUUAUUGUUUUAACAUGAUGCUGCUCCUGAAUGCAGUUAGUAUAUGUUAUAACACUAGUAAAAAUAUCUUACAACUCUGUAACUUAUUGUAUAUUGUUAGUAAAGUCUAUAGCAUCAAAAUGAGUACUGUAACAGACUAAUAUAAAAUGGUUUAGAAGACUGAUGUAAAUAUUAGGUAGACCUUAACGUUUUUUUUCUUGCAAAAGGACCACAUGCAGAGUGAUGCCAACCAGUCAGUAAUAGUGCAUAAUUUAAAUAUAAUUUUUUGUUCCAAAAUAAUAUGUCUUAGGAGAGAAAAGAAAAACUUUCUAUUGAAAAAAAACAAAACUUGAUUUUCACAUGGAGAAAAUACUGUGAAUAGAACUUAAUUGAAAUCUGUUCAAUUAAAAAAGUUUAGUUUAUAAAAGGAUACUAUAUGAAAGUAGAACAGUGAAUUUAAAUUAACAUAUUAAUGUGUUAUAUUUGGAAGAUAUGUUCAUGUAUCUUCUUUUCCGAGAUGUAUUUAAUGUCAGUUGCACACACUUCAACUAUUACCUUGCUUUUGCACAGGAAAAUAGGAACUACUGAUUUUGUUUUUAUAAGUUAUUAAAUGUGAAAUUGAUAGCUGUGCAUCAGCCUAUUUAUAAAAGUAGUGGCAUUUCCAAGAAAAUGUUUUCAUUAGCAUUGACUAUGUAUUUGACUUUUCGCAUUCUUUAUCUGAUAUUUAUGACAUUAAUAUAGAUAUAUGAUUCUUAAAUUUGAGGAUUCUGUAUAGCAUAAUAACUUAAUUUCACCUGUUUUCAAGGUUGAUUGAAUUGAUUUACUAAAUGAUAAUGCCUGCGUACCCACCCAUUUAACAUACCCCAGGUCUAUUUUACCUUACACUGAAUGCUCUCAAUAUUAUUUGCUAUCUAAAAUAAUUGAAAAAAUGCAAGUAUUUUUAUCUUUGAGUAUAAAUUAUAUUAUCUUGCAUACAUGGAAAAAUUGCCAUUUAUAACAGUCCUAUAAAUGUACAUUAAAAACUGAAUUAGCUCAUUAAAAUUAUUUAUAGUUCUGCCAUUCUCCCAAGAAAUACUACAUAUGCAAUCUUUAUUCUUCAUUGCUUAUCAGAGUGAAUGGAUAUUCAUCUGUUCAUAAGACUGCUGCAUGAUAUUUAAAUGGGAAUAAGCAAAAUAUUCUGGUCAAUUAAAAUGGGAAAGAAUAGUAAAUUACAAUGAUUCCCUACAUAUUAUCACUCUUGAACUUUAUCCUCUAUAAAAUGAGAGGUAAAAAUAAUUCACUGGAUUAUUGUUUACAUCAAUUGAAAAAAAUUUAAGUGCGUUGAAAAUAGUAAUGUACUAGAUACAUGUAUGCAAUUCUAUUUCCUUCUACAAACUAUUCUUUGGAAAGAUAAAGCUAUACAUAAAAAAUUUAGUAUCAUACUUUUUACAGAGAGUCUACAUGAUCAAAGUUUUUAGUACGUCUCAGAAUGAGUUCAUAUUAAGAAAUUUAUUUAAGUUCCAGUUUAUUGUUCUUAUUGUAAAAUAUAAUUGUAAAGCAACCUGUCUGACAUACUUACAUUAUCUUAAAAUAAAUAUACCUGUUCCUGAAUCAAGAAACUUACA